UUUUAUUUUAGGUCUGAAACAAGUCAAAGCGAUUCACAUACGCCGAUGAAAAUAUUUCAGAAACGUUAUCGUACGAUUUCUGGAUCGAAAUCUGAAGAUCAUUUAUUUACAACUGAAAAUGGACGCCGAAUUUAUACGAAAGGCCGUCCACCGUGGUAUAAUAAAGAAGGUAAAACCUUAAAACAGCCUUAUGUUAUUGGUAUAUGUGGUGGUUCAGCAUCGGGAAAGACAACAGUAGCUAAAAGAAUUAUCGAACGCUUGGAAAUACCGUGGGUCACCGUUUUAUCAAUGGAUUCAUUUUAUAAGGUUCUUAGUGAAGAGCAGCAUGAAUUGGCUGCGAUACAACAAUAUGAUUUUGAUCGGCCACAGGCAUUUGAUUUUGAAUUGUUAUACGAAACUCUACGGCGUCUUCGUGUUGGCAAGAGUGUCGAAGUUCCAGUGUAUGAUUUCACUACCCAUCGUCGUGAUAAACAACCAAAAUUAAUGUAUGGCGCAGAUGUUAUUAUUUUUGAAGGGAUACUUGCUUUUUACGAUCGAAGAAUAUGUGAUAUUAUGGAUAUGAAGGUAUUUGUGGAUACUGAUGCAGACGCACGCCUUGCACGCCGAAUGCAACGGGAUAUAGAAGAACGAGGUCGUGGUAUAGAUGGAGUAAUAGAACAAUAUUUUAAUUUUGUAAAACCUGCUUUUGAUCAAUAUAUUGCCCCAGGAAGGAAUAUCGCUGAUUUAAUUGUUCCUCGAGGUGGCGAAAACGAAGUUGCAAUUGAUUUAAUUGUAAAACAAGUUAAAAAACAAUUAGCUGUCAGAGGUUAUGAAAUUACAAGGAAUUCAAAUGUACAGAGAGCAGAUAUGGUUCCAAAACCUUUGCCUUUGCAGCUUCCUCAAUCACUUAAAAUCGUCGAACAAACUGUUCAAGUUCGUGGAUUGCAUACUUUUAUAAGAAAUGCCGAGACCGCUAGAGAUGAAUUUAUUUUCUAUUCUGAACGGUUAAUGCGAAUUUUGAUAGAAAAUGCAAUGAAUCUCAUGAAUUUUUCUGAUGUUAUAAUCACAACACCAAAUGGGAUUUCAACCAAGGGUAAACGAAUUACUGAUGAAAUUUGCGGUGUUGCUAUUAUGCGAGCUGGUGAAACUAUGGAAAAUUCAUUACGAGCUGUAGUAAAAGAUUGUAAAGUAGGAAAAAUUCUUAUACAAACAAAUGAUAAGACAAUGGAGCCGGAAUUGUUUUAUCUUCGAUUACCUGAAAACGUCCACAAGCACAAAGUCCUUUUAAUGGAUACUACAGUUGCUACUGGUGCGGCUGCAAUGAUGGCUAUAAGGGUAUUGCUUGACCAUGAUGUCCUUGAAGAGAACAUAAUUCUUAUUUCGCUCCUUAUGGCUGAAUCUGGUGUUCACUAUCUUGCCUAUGCUUUCCCCAAGGUAACAUUAUUAACAACGGCUGUUGAUUCAUACAUCAAUGAAUCUUAUUAUUUAGUUCCUGGCUUGGGUAAUUUUGGUGAUCGUUAUUAUGGUACUGAAAAAUAUACAGUUCACAGUAAUAAGUCCUUUGAAAAGAAUAAUUCGGACGAUAGGUUUAAUUGUGACAUUCAUUUUUCUUCAGUGCCUAAAUGA